AUGGUUUUACCUGGAGCCAGCAGCAGUUCAUGGACCUCAAAGCCAGGUACUACAGGAGAAUCCUCUAGGUCAACUGUAUCUGGAAGUUCCUAUGCAGGUACCACUGCAGGACCAGAAGGCCAAACAACUGAGAGUGUGACAGGCACUACUAGGGUCAUCCCUGGCACAACCAUUGCCCCUGGCAGUUCCAAUACAGAGGCCACAACUUCUGUAGGAGAAAGUGGAACCACAAGAGCUGCGAUAAUCACAGGAACAACUGGGAGCAUCUCUGGGAAAAGUCUGGAACCUGGAAGUGCCAGCACAGAAGCCAAAACUCCCCCAGGAGGCAGUGGCAUCACCCAGGGAGGACUGCCAGGAGGCACCGCUAGGGAACUGUCUGGGACAACCAUCGCAUCUCGAGGUUCUAACACAGAGGCUACAACUUCCACAGAAGAAACCAGAACUGGAGCUCAAACAGGAGCCCAGGCCACUGUACCAGGGAGCCAGGUCUCUAGCAUCCAAACAGGUACCAGUAGGAUAGUCUCCAGCCCAACUAUUGCAUCUUCAAGUUCCAGCACUGGUACCACGGUUAUUGCCUUAGGUACAACUGUUGCACCUGGAAGUUCCAGAACAGAUGUCACCAUGAAGUUAAGUGAAGGAAAGACGGUCCUGCAUGGUUCUUUUUCAGGAGCUACCACUGGAGUAUCAGUACAUGAAGGAACUGGAAGCACAUUAGGCACCACCAGGGUAGCUUUUGGCACUACACUUGAACCUGGGAGCUCGAACACAGAAGCUACAACACCCUCGGGAGGCAAUGGGACCACAGGAAGUGGAAUCAAUACAGGGGGAUCAAGUAGCCAAGGCACUGGCAUCCUAAUAGUUACUACUACAGUGAACCCUGGCAGUACCACCUCAUCUGGAAGUCCCAACACAGAACCUACAAAUUACACAGAAGGAAGCAGAACCGAAGAAGGAGCCACCACUGGCACAUCUGAGAGGCCAAGCCCUGGAAGUGAAACAGGUACCACUGGUGUAGUCUCCGGCACAACGGUUGCAUCUGGAAGCUCUAAGACAGGGGCCACCACUUCUUUGGGAAGUGGUGAGACCACCCAGAGUGGAAUUAAAAUAGUUACCGCUGGAGGAACUGCUGGCACAACCAUCCGACCUGGGAGUUCCAACACAAUGGCUACAACUUCUCCAGAAGUCAGAGCUACCACUGGAGCUGAAACGGCAAUUGGUACCACUAAGGUAGCCUCUGGCACAACAGUUAUUCCUGGAAGUUCCAGCACAGGCAAGUCAACAUUUAGUACUGCUGUGGUACCAAGCAGAAUUACUGGUGUCCCAGAAACCUCCAGCCCAGGUCCCUCCAAGGAAGCAUCUGAAACAACCACCGCUCCUGGAAUUUCUACCACAGCCUCCAUCUCAGUGUCAACAGCAAGCCCCACAGUAUCCUACCCAGGGUGUCCAGAAUCACUUCCACCACCUCCAGUUUGUCAUGGCCCACUGGGAGAAGAGAAGUCUCCUGGAGACAUAUGGACGGCCAACUGCCACCAGUGCACCUGUACCAACGAGAAUGCUGUAGACUGUAUGCUCAAGGAAUGCCCUUCUCUACCGACAUGUAAAGCAGAAGAGAGGCUUGUAAAGUUCAAAGAUAAUGAUACCUGCUGUGAAAUCGGAUACUGUGAACCAAGAACAUGUUUAUUUAACAAUACUGACUAUGAGGUUGGUGAUUCAUUUGAUGACCCCAACAACCCAUGUGUCUCCUACACUUGCCUCAACACUGGUUUGACUGCAGUGGUCCAAGACUGCCCGAAGCAGACCUGGUGUGCAGAGGAAGACAGAGUCUAUGAUUCAAAGAAAUGUUGCUAUACAUGUAAUACUCAUUGCACAUCUUCUCCCGUGAAUGUGACUGUUACCUACAAUGGUUGCAAGAAAAAAGUUGAAAUGGCAAAAUGUGUAGGGGAAUGCAAAAAGACUCUCACGUACAACUAUGAUAUGUUUCAGCUGGAAAAUUCGUGCCUUUGCUGCCGAGAAGAAAACUACGAGUACAGAGAAAUUAGCCUUGAUUGUCCUGACGGCAGUGAAACAGUUUACAGAUACAGGCACAUCACCACCUGCUCCUGUGUAGACCCGUGCCAGUCUCAGACCUCGAUAGUCAGUUAACAACAGCGUUACCUUUCCAGUUGUAACAGGCUGGGCAUUUAUUUUAUAAGUGACUAAGAAUAAUCACCAAAUCGUGAUAGUAACGAGACACUGGCAUCUCACUCAGAAAAUGGGCUGUCAUUAUAAGGCAUUUUGUUCUCCUGUCUGCUGGAUCCAAAAAUAAAUAAACAAGUACAACUUUGCACGCAA